AUGAGAUUGGUUGUCCAUGAUGGCCAUCAGCUACUCUCAGCCUCCUUCUCCAAGCUGUCCAGCAUGAUCCCCAGCAGAGAACUCACCUUUGAUGAAGAAAGUGUCUUGUUCGUCUUCAUUAACGGAGACUUAAGCUGGACCCCACAAGGUACUGCAGAAGUGCAACUGGAGGCCUCAGUCCGACCACCUGCGGCCUCAGUCGGACUCCCGAAGGCCCUGACUGGACCACCUGCGGCCUCAGUCAGACUCCCGAAGGCCUCAGUCGGACCACCUGCGGCCUCAGUUGGACUCCCGAAGGCCUCAGUCGGACCACCUGCGGCCUCAGUCGGACUCCCGAAGGCCCUGACUGGACCACCUGCGGCCUCAGCCGGACUCCCGAAGGCCUCAGUCGGACCACCGGAGACCAUGACUGGACCCCCAGCGGAUGAAAGUGUCGAAGGAGUCUGUCCUGCUCCCACAACAGUGCUGCCACGUAAAAGAAAAGAAUGCCCACACACAGUGACAGGGAGCCAGGAUUUUUACCCUGUGAAGAGGGUUACCAAAUUCAAAGUUAUUAAGGGCCAAACAAUGAAACAAGUGGAGUGGGAGCCAUGCAAACUCUGUGGAAAGAAGUGGCCAUUGGAGUGGGUGGCAGAUACGGACACCAUCGGUAUCCAUUAGGUACCGAAGAUUCUGUGCUCUGUUUUGUUCCAACUAUAAUUAAUAAUAAUAUGUAUAAUCUUUCUUUCUUUCUU